UGCCUUAGCGAGACGGAUACUAUGCCACUUCCAGCUUACACGUCAACCUAUCAGAUCCACUGCAGCACCUGCACGCACUCUGUUGAUCACCAAAAAUCAGACUCUCGCCACUUGAACUGCUGCGGAAGAAUAGUCUGCGGUGACUGCAUAUCUGUUUUUUUCUCCUCCCCUCUGGCUGGAAAUGUGUACCUUACUGGUAUCCUUAGAGAAACCCCCGAUUCGGUAUCUACUGCCCUUUCUGCCAAUCAUCUUGCUCUAAAGGGGGUGGGGACGGGGAAGGUGAAGCAAAGAGGGAAUCUCCUUUCCGGCCACUACCGCCACCAUACGCUCCCGCAGCCCCAAGCCCCCCUCCGCCAUCAUACUCCACAAGCAGUGGGGUAAUCCACUACAUACGCGCAACGGAUACACUCCCAACCAUAGCUCUCCAAUACAACCUCCCGCUUCCGCUAUUACGUUCACACAACCGCAUCUUCUCCGACCACCUCCUACACGGCCGACGGAGCGUAGAUAUCCCCUCGCCGCCAUACACUGGGCCCUCGCUGUCUCCAGCACCGGAAGACGUGGAAGGGGAGAGUCGUAAAGCGGCUGCCAAGAGGUUUCAGUUGAAGACCAAGUGUCUCGAUGCGGACGUUGUGGACGUGUGCCUCCGGGAAGCUGAGUGGGACGAGGAACUCGCCGUGAAGAAUUGGGAGAUGGACGAGAAGUGGGUUAGGGAUAAUCCCAUGCUCGAGAGGAGUGUGGGGAAGGGCAAGAGCAAGGAGGUUGUGUCGGGAAAGAAGAGCGGUGGUGGGAGUAAAUGGGGUUUGAGGGGGUUUGGGUAC